GUGAAUAGGAACAGGAAAGGAAUAGGGGAGAAUUGCAGGCAAAUUCAAAGUCAAGGUCGUUUUCCGCCGAAGGCCAACCUGGUCUGGAGACUUCUCCUGACACCCGUUGAACGCUUUACUAUCAAGCUUCACAAAAUUGGGCUUGUAUUCAAUUCAAUAAAAAGAUCUGCCAUCCUCAACCAUUCAUCAUCUAUUUGAGACGGCUUCAAGAAAAUCUUGGCAAUGAUGAUGCCAACUUCAGAAGUAUCUCGCAUGGUACACAGACCACCGGGAUCGCAUGCUGGGGGUUGGACAGUUAUCAGGUGUCUAAGUAAAAUUGCCUUUAUCAUUAUUUUCUUCCUGAUUGGUCUUUCAACUGGAAUUAUAGGACCAAGUAUUCUAUACCUGGAAAAGCUGUCUAGUUCUCGUGAAGAUGAAAUCGCUUUAGUAUUUACAUCAAGAAGUGUUGGUUAUAUUGGUGGUUGGAUAAUUAGCUGUGUACUAUUGGACUUAGAUGGUGGUGCAUCAAAGCCAAGUAAUCUAUUGAAUAUUGGCCUGUUCGGUUUAAUUCUAUCGCAUGGAUUAAUUAUUUUUAUUGAACACCUCUGGUGGGUGCUAGCAGUAUUCUUUCUUCAAGGUUUAUUUACAACAAUUUGUUUACAAGCCUGUGUUUAUUAUCAUUGGAAUAAGAAAAACUGGUUUCAUAGUAUACCACAACACUUAACAAUCAUAUUUCUACUUGGUUGUGUCUUUACGCCUUACAUCAUUUUAUUUAUUGAACCAAAUUCCCAGACUAUUCUAUCAAUGGGUGUACGUUCUAAUCAAAUUCCGCAUGAUAUCCAAAUUCUUCUUCCCAAUGAAAUAUCAACAGCGCAGAAUGCAUCUAAUAAUCAUCAAAUACAUUUAAUUGGAGUGAUUGACAGCAACCCAAAAGAUAAGCAUAAUGAAAUUUCUCGAAUGAUUCGUAUCCCGCGGCAUAUUUCAAAUACGACGAUUUUGGCGCCAAACAUGAUCAAUAUUACUUCGUCAAGAAUUAAAACACUUGAACACUUGAAAAAUGAUAAAAGUGAUACAAAUUCAAGUUUGAUGAUAGUGAUUAAUUCCACUUUAUCGAAGGGGAACAAGUCCACCGGUGGAAUAGAACACCAUCAACAACAAAAUAAUAAUAAUAAAACAUUGAGCAAUGUUUCUUCAACGCCUGUCCAACAAUCUACAAGUAUAAAAAAGCCAUCAAUUAAUGAUGCUAAACACUUGAAUCAAGAUAGUUCUUCAGCGGAUGGUAGUAAAGCAGCAUCAAAAAUGAAAAAAAUCGGUGAAGAGCAUCAAAUUGACAAGGUGGCUGAUGAAACCUCGGCAUCUUCGACUAUUCAAAAGGUAUCACCAUCAUCAUCUACAACACCAUUGUCAAGUGUUACAAAUCAAUCAAAAGAUUCGUUAAAAGAAAAUCUAUUGAACACUACUGUUAUCUUGGGAAGUGGUUCAGUUUUAGAUGGGAUCAAUAAAACUUUAAUUAGUAAUAAUAAUAAUAGUAACAAUGGUGUCGUUAAUGGAAAUGCUUUAAACUAUCAGAAUUCAUCACUGCCGCAUAUUUCCUUUCAAGUAGAUCAUAUACCUGCACCCAGUGUGAAGAAUUCUAGUAUACCUACACAUCAGAACAUGAAUGAGACGGUUAAGAAUAAUAAUAAUAAUCAUAAAACGAAUCUAUCACAGGGUCAUAGUUCGACGAUUCCAGGGAAAAAUGAAACUGCAGUAAUAUUUCACAUCUAUAAUAUAACAGAGAAGCCGAAGAAUUCAACAGACAACAAUCAUUCAUCGAUUCAUUUUAUAUUUUAUAAACCUACAUCUUUAUUACCACCAACAACGAGGACGACAGCGAUACCGGUAACUACUCCUGCCAUCGCUGGAGGUGACACAGAUGAUAAUGAAAGCAGUGAUGUGGGUUUCAUGAAUGCUACUGUACGGAAACGACAUCGUAUUGCUGAACAUUUGCUGGAUAAAUCUUACCUGAAUCAUAUUUUAAUCCUACCAUUUCAACAACCGAUGGAAUCAAUACAAAAAGUUUAUUUAUUAUUGUGUAUUAUCAGUGUAAUCCCAUGGAUAUUGACAAUUCCAUUGACAAGUUGGUGUAAAUCAAUAUUUAUACGUGUUUUUGGCCUUCAAAUACUUGAUGAGAAUGACCAUAAUGAUCAUGGUUAUGAAUUGAUACCUAUCCCACAGGCGAUGAUGACAGCAUCAGCCAAUAAUAAUAAUAUCCGUCGGGUGAAUUCUGACAAUGGUAGUCAUAAUAAUAAUUCUGAGGAAGGGAUUAAAUCCAAGCUACUGGACAGAUCAGGUGAUGAAAAUGAAUCUGAUUCAGAUGAAUUAUGGAAUCGACGAAAGACUGGCUAUGCAAAUAAUGCUGUAGAACCUGAUUAUCAUUAUUGCUCUGAUUCAGAGAUGAAUGAUUAUUCCAGCAGUACGGGUAGUAUACUGCCGGGGAAUCCGCCAACACCUCAUUACACUUCAUUCAAAUCUACAAAACAGUCAAGUUUCAGUGAUGAGAAUAACGACAACAUUAAUACCAAUACCAAUAGUAAUAAUAAUAAUAAUACUAAUGAUGACUCUAUUGAUACCCAAAUGAUGCUUAUGAUUAACAAGUCAAUAUUUGAUACACAUUGGCCAAGAAUUGAAUGGCCAUCUGAAUUUUGGUUAUUAUUAUCGGUAUUUUUAAAUAGUGGCUUGGAGACAACUUAUGGUGGAUUUGUUGCUAGUUUCACUUUACGUUAUCUACUUUGGUCACCAACUUUAGCAAUAAUUGUUACCAGUGUAUUCUGGUUUGGUGAUCUUGUUGGCUAUUUAAUACGCUACGGGAUAAUCAGUAUAAAAUGGCCAGAUUUACUGCAUACCUUGCCAUCAUCAUCAUCCAAUAGUUCCACUGAUCAAACAUCUUGUAAACGUAUAAUUUCAUUGAGAAAAUUACGCCGGAAUCAUUUCAAAAGUUCGAAACCUUCAAUCAUCACUAUUAUACAAUUAUGUGGAUGUUUAAUCUGUGUUAUCAGUGCUAUUGCUUUGACACAUCUAUCUGUUUCAACAGGAAGAUGUUCAACAGCACCCAACGCCAGCACACUAAGUCAUCCUUAUUUAAUUUGGUUUAUUGGUAGUUUCUGUUUUGGUAUCGGUAUCGGAUUGUCAUCAACAUUUUCAGGCACUUUGUUGACACCACAUAUCAAUUCAAAUCUGUUCUCCGCGCAUUCAUAUAAUAUUCAAUUAGCUUAUUAUUUUGGUCAACUGUUGAUGCCUUCUCUGAUAGCUAUGCUACAUCAUCAAGCGUUGUUUUGGAGAUAUUCAUGUGUACUGAGUACAGCUGUAUUAUGCUUAAGUAUUUUACUCAGCUGUACACUGAUUGGUCAUUUUAUUAGUGAAACAAUCAAGGAAAGGAAGGCGAAGCAUGGAGAUAGUCAAUUGAGGUUAUUACUCAAUCAUAAUAAUCAGCAUCAGGAAAGUCGAAAUCAUCGUGGAACAAGAACGAGUUCAGAUCAUUCAGAUCAAUGAGUGAUUGCCAUUAUAAUUAAUAAUAAUUUUUUUGUUAUUACUGAUUUUAUUACUAUUAUUGUUAUUAGUAGUAUUAGCAAUAGUGGUAUGUAAAAUUCCGUGGAUGUCUUUCAGUGUGUGUGUGUGUGUGUGUGUGUGUGUGUGUGUGUGUGUGGUUCAUUCCAUUGUGGUAACACUUAAUUCUAAGUGAUAUUUUGCUUAGGCAUAUGUUGAUUAGAUUAUGUAAUAACUUGAUUGAUUGCAUUUUAUCCCUUAAUUGUUGUUUCUCUGGGAUUGUUGUUAUGAUACUAUUUGGUGUGUAUGUGUGUGUGUGUCGGGCGGCGGGGGUUUUUGAAUUGUGUGAGUGAGUAAGCCAACUCUAACUAGCUGUGUUUUCUUUUCAUUCAUUCUAGGGAUUGAUAGUUAGUUAUUCUAUGUGCAAUUUUUUUUUUGUCUUUUUCGUUUGCCUUGUGUUUUUUGUAAAAUUACUUUUUUUUGACAAAUGAAAAUGUGGGGUACCGUUGACUUCUGUUAUUAUUACUAUACAAGUUUGAUCGCUCACCAAAAUCUGAAAUUCUAAUCCUAACAGGCUCACCGCUUAGCAGCGACUGCCUGCCUAUGCGAU